AUGGGGAAGCGUGCAGUGGGAAUGCCGAGAGAAAGGCACAAAACCCUAUUGAGGGCUCUUGGCCGCUUGCAGCGUAGCUGUCACAUGUCCGAGUCCCGUCCACUGCGCGUAUUUAAGCAGCGUGGCUGAGCUUCAGCACCACUUCGCUGUCCACACUCCCGAGGAACGCGCGCCUCCGACUUCUCUCAGCACCGCAGCCUGCAACCAUGCCGAGGUCUUUUCUCGUGGAUUCCUUGAUUUUACGCGAGGCCGGCGAUAAAGGCAACGAGAACAGCCCGCCGCUGUUCCCUUACGCGGUGCACACGCCGCACCACGCGCACCACGGACUCCCGGGCUCCUGCCACUCCAGGAAAGCUGGACUCCUCUGCUUCUGUCCGCUGUGCAUGGCGGCUACCCAGCUGCACCCUUCCCCUCCGACACUGCCGCUCCUCAAGGCGAGUUUUCCGGCCUUCAGCUCGCAGUAUUGCCACUCGGCUCUGUCGCGGCAGCACUCCACAUCCAACAGCCUCAGCCACGCGCCGGGGAUCUACCAGGCCGCCUACUCGGUCCCGGACCCGCGACAGUUCCACUGCAUCUCCAUCGAAAGCAGCAACAGCAAACUUCAGAGCAGCAAGCGCAUGCGCACCGCCUUCACCAGCACGCAACUUUUGGAGCUGGAGCGAGAGUUCACGUCCAACAUGUACCUGUCCCGACUGAGGCGCAUCGAGAUCGCCACGUACCUGAACUUGUCCGAGAAGCAGGUGAAGAUCUGGUUCCAGAACCGGCGGGUGAAGCACAAGAAGGAAGGGAAGAGCAGCGGGCAGAGGAGCGGGAGCCACGGCUGCAAGUGUUCCUCCCUUUCCACGGCCCGGUGCUCCGAGGAGGAGGAGGACGACAUGCCCGUCUCUCCAUCAUCAUCCUCCGAGAAAGAGGACGUGGACUUGUCCGUCUCUCCGUGAACUCUCCUCCUCUUUGAAGUCUUUUCAAAUUCAGCCAAAAAUGAGACUGUUGCGCUGGUGUGCAGUCGAGUGUAAAUAUAUACAGAGAAUAUUUAAUCAGGGACUUUUCUCUGAAGUACUGUAAAGCUUGUAUACUUGUUGUACGUUUUGUAUGUAGUUUUUUUCUGAAAACAGUUGUUGUUGCCAAGACAGUAUUUUGUAUUAGUCCUACUCUGUGUGCGGGGUGGAAGUGACGGGCCCUCUCCAAAAAAACGGAAGAACAGUAUAUCUCCAGUGUAACUGAAAAUGAAAAGUAUUUAUUUAUUUAAAAAUGUUCAUACUGGAAUAAAAAUA